AUGGACGUGGACGUGGACGUGGACGUGGACGUGGACGUGGACGUGGUCGUGGACGUGGACGUGGUCGUGGACGUGGACGUGGACGUGGACGUGGACGUGGACGUGGUCGUGGACGUGGACGUGGUCGUGGACGUGGACGUGGACGUGGUCGAGGACGUGGACGUGGACGUGGUCGUGGACGUGGUCGUGGUCGUGGACGUGGUCGUGGUCGUGGACGUGGACGUGGACGUGGACGUGGACGUGGACGUGGAGGUGGACGUGGACGUGGACGUGGAGGUGGACGUGGACGUGGAGGUGGACGUGGACGUGGACGUGGACGUGGAGGUGGAGGUGGACGUGGACGUGGAGGUGGACGUGGAGGUGGACGUGGAGGUGGACGUGGACGUGGACGUGGACGUGGACGUGGACGUGGACGUGGAGGUGGACGUGGAGGUGGAGGUGGACGUGGAGGUGGAGGUGGACGUGGAGGUGGAGGUGGAGGUGCACGUGGAGGUGGACGUGGAGGUGGACGUGGAGGUGGACGUGGACGUGGACGUGGACGUGGACGUGGACGUGGACGUGGACAUGGGUGGACGUGGACGUGGACGUGGACGUGGACGUGGACGUGGUCACGUGGACGUGGUCGUGGACGUGGACGUGGACGUGGACGUGGACGUGGACGUGGUCGUGGACGUGGACGUGGACGUGGACGUGGACGUGGACGUGGACGUGGACGUGGACGUGGACGUGGACGUGGACGACUUGGACGUGGACGUGGACGACUUGGACGUGGACAUGGACGUGGACGUGGACGUGGUCGUGGACGUGGUCGUGGACGUGGACAUAGACGUGGACGUGGACUUGACACAUGGACGUGGACGUGGACGUGGACAUGGACGUGGACGCGUGGACGUGGACAUGGACGUGGACAUGGACGUGGACGUGGACGUGGACGUGGACGUGGACGUGGACAUGGACGUGGACGUGGACGUGGACGUGGACGUAGACGUGGACAUGGACGUGGACGUGGACGUGGACGCGGACUUGGACGUGGACGUGGACGUGGACGUGGACGUGGAGGACUUGGACGUGGACGUGGACGUGGACGUGGACGUGGACGUGGACGUGGUCGUGGACGUGGACGUGGACAUCAACGUGGACGUGGACGUGGACGUGGACAUCAACGUGGACGUGGACGUGGACGUGGACGUGGACGUGGACGUGGACAUGGACGUGGACGUGGACGUGGACGUGGACGUGGACGAGGACAUGGACGUGGACAUGGACGUGGACGUGGACGUGGACAUGGUCGUGGACGUGGACAUGGACGUGGACGUGGACGUGGACGUGGACGUGGACGUGGACGUGGACGUGGAGGACGUGGUCGUGGACGUGAACGUGGACGUGGACAUGGUCGUUGACGUGGACGUGGACGUGGACGUGGACGUGGACGUGGACAUGGACGUGGACGUGGACGUGGACGUGGACAUGGACAUGGUCGUUGACGUUGACGUGGACGUGGACGUGGACGUGGACGUGGACAUGGACGUGGACAUGGACGUGGACGUGGACGUGGACGUGGACAUGGACGUGGACGGGGACGUGGACAUGGACGUGGACGUGGACGUGGACGUGGACAUGGACGUGGAGGACUUGGACGUGGACAUGGACGUGGACAUGGACGUGGACGUGGACGUGGACGUGGACGUGGACGUGGACAUGGACGUGGACGUGGACGUGGACAUGGACGUGGUCGUGGACGUGGACGUGGUCGUGGACGUGGACGUGGACGUGGACGUGGACGACUUGGACGUGGACGUGGACGUGGACGUGGACGACGUGGACGUGGACAUGGACGUGGACGUGGACGUGGAGGACUUGGACGUGGACGUGGACGUGGACGUGGUCGUGGACAUGGACGUGGACGUGGACAUAGACGUGGACGUGGACAUCGACGUGGACGUGGACGUGGACGUGAACGUGGACGUGGACAUGGACGUGGACGUGGACGUGGACGUGGACAUGGACGUGGACGUGGACAUGGACGUGGACAUGGUCGUGGACGUGGACAUGGACGUGGACGUGGACGUGGACGUGGACGUGGACAUGGUCGUGGACGUGGACAUGGACGUGGACGUGGACGUGGACGUGGACGUGGACGUGGAGGACGUGGUCGUGGACAUGGACGUGGACGUGGACGUGGAAUUGGAGGACGUGGUCGUGGACGUGGACGUGGACGUGGUCGUGGACGUGGACGUGGACGUGGACGUGGACGUGGACGUGGACGUGGACGUGGACAUGGACGUGGACGUGGACGUGGACAUGGACGUGGACGUGGACGUGGACGUGGUCGUGGACGUGGACAUGGACGUGGAGAUGGACGUGGACGUGGACAUGGACGUGGACGUGGACAUGGACAUGGAAAUGGACGUGGACGUGGACGUGGAGGACUUGGACGUGGACAUGGACGUGGACGUGGACGUGGACGUGGACGUGGACGUGGACGUGGUCGUGGACGUGGACGUGGACAUGGACAUGGACGUGGACAUGGACGUGGACGUGGACGUGGACGUGGACGUGGACGUGGUCGUGGACGUGGACGUGGACGUGGACAGGGACGUGGACGUGGACGUGGACGUGGUCGUGGACGUGGACGUGGACGUGGACAUGGACGUGGAGGUGGACGUGGACGUGGACGUGGUCGUGGACGUGGACGUGGACGUGGACGUGGACAUGGACAUGGACGCGGACGUGGACGUGGACGUGGACAUGGAUAUGGACAUGGACAUGGACAUGGACAUGAACGUGGACGUGGACGUGGACAUGGACAUGGACGUGGACACGGACGUGGACGUGGACAUGGACAUGGACAUGGACGUGGACGUGGACGUGGACAUGGACAUGAACGUGGACGUGGACGUGGACGUGGACGUGGACAUGGACAUGGACGAGGACGUGGACGUGGACGUGGACGUAGACGUGGACGUAGACGUGGACGUGGACGUGGACAUGGACGUGGACGUGGACGUGGACGUGGACAUGGACGUGGACGUGGACAUGGACGUGGACGUGGACGUGGACAUGGACGUGGACGUGGACGUGGUCGACUUGGACAUGGACGUGGACGUGGACGUGGUCGACUUGGACGUGGACAUGGACGUGGACGUGGACGUGGACGUGGACGUGGACGUGGACGUGGACGUAAACGUGGACAUGGUCGUGGACGUGGACGUGGACGUGGACAUGGACGUGGACGUGGACAUGGACAUGGACGUGGACGUGGACGUGGACGUGGAGGAAUGGACGUGGACGUGGACGUGGACGUGGACGUGGUCGGACGUGGACGUGGACGUGGACAUGGACGUGGACGUGGACAUGGACAUGGACAUGGACGUGGACGUGGACAUGGACAUGGACGUGGACGUGGACGUGGACGUGAACGUGGACGUGGACAUGGUCGUUGACGUGGACGUGGACGUGGACAUGGUGUGUUCAACCCACCGUGUGUUCAACCCACCGUAUGUUCAACCCACCGUGUGUUCAACCUAUCGUGUGUUCAACCCACCGUGUGUUCCACCCACCGUGUGA